GCCCAUGAUGCCCCGGCCCAUGGUUUCCUCUGCCUUGGUCGCACACACUGCCGGCAUGGCCUCGACACGGCCAUUGGGCCACGGCGAGAUGCCAGUCCAGGUGCAUGCCAUGCCUGCUCCGCGAACAUGUUGGCUACUACUCAGCGCAGCAGUGAUCUUCGCGCGUGGCUUUGGUCCACGUCGCGCACUGUCGUCCCCAAUCCCCAACCAAGGCCGGGUAUUGGACACAGGGUGGUGGUUCAAAGAAGCUUAUCAAGUCGCCAUCACUAGUCAGAUGCUGUGGGGAUCGGGCCUAAACCCUCUCGGCCUUUGAUGGCUCGCCACCAUUGCGCCAGCAGAUGAUCUACUUUAGCGUACAGUACCGUGCUGUACUUACUGUACCUACACUACCCACUGCCUCAACUCUUGUCUUUUUUUUUCUUUUUGUCUUGCGGCUAUACAAACCACUUGAUCGAUUAUGCAUGUACGCAUGCACAAAACUACAUAUGCACGUUGUAUGCGCAUCAUACAACCUCAUCGCGCCGUGUUCAGCCUGACUGGCGUCUUGGCAUCAAACGUCGGCUGGCAGCAUGCAACAUAUAAUACUACUCACGGCACGGAUGCUGCCCUCUCGGACCUGCCACAUGCUGCCCCAUCCUCCACCACACUGUACCAGACAACGCCAACAAC